AAAGACAGUUCCUGAUUAUAUUUCUUCCAUGCCUUGCCAAUUCGAUUGGCGGCAGGGUCAUCUGCGCUUGGCACUACUACCAGCCCAGAGAACCAGCUUUGCAGGUACAUUUGGGACCCCAAGUCCCAGCUCUUGACUCAUGGGUAUCAUUUUUCUAGCUGUUUCUAAUCUCACCUCUUCAGAUGACCAAUUUACUCAGGCUUGUCCAGCUGCAGGGUUCAGCUUGGUCGCUGUCACCGGGACAGUGAGGAAAGUACCCAAUGUUGUGGUGGUUUUCAAAUAGCCAGUCCUGGAGUUCAGCUGUACCACAAAUCUUUCCAUCCGUCCCUCUGUGUACAUUAAUCUGCCAGAUAUUUUCGUCUGUCAGGCACUGCAUAAUUGGCUGCUUACUUUAGGUAUACAUCAGCCAGAUUCUCAGUCUUCAACUGUAUAUUUAGUUAAUUCUGUAUGUUUUGAAGAUGUUCUUGUGUUCUUCCCUGCUGUUGCACAGGACCUCUCUCAAACCUUCCUGUGAGAUUGCAAAUUGCCAAAUGCAUAUGAACAGUCUGAAAUCCAUCCUGCCAAAGAAACAGAAGACUCCGUCUUUUCAGCUUUCUGCUAGAGGCCACUGGUCCACAUGGCCUGCAUUUGCAUCAGGGCAGACAGUCCUAAAGAGUCAUAAACCCUGCUGUGCCCCAGAGGAGAGAAUGUCUAGCAAUAAACAGGCCCUUCUUACCAUUCCAAAGCCACGCUACUUGGAGCAGCUGGAGUCUUACUUAAGGAAAGAACUGCAAUAUCUUGACCUAACUAAAAGGAACUCCCAGGAACUGAGGUUACAGCCCUACAGAGAGAUCUUUGAAUUCUUCAUAGACAACUUCAAGACCUACAAGCCCUUGCUGUCAGCUAUAAAGAAUGAAUAUGAAGCUACACUGGCUCAUCAGAAGGAGACAAUUCAUGCCCUAGAACCCCUGAAGGCUAUGGUCGCAACUGUGUCUGAGGAGUGCUCCCAGCAGAUACUGGCACUGCAGGAAAAGGAGAAAGUUGAAGUAAAUAUGUUAAAGCAAGAGAAACAACAUUUGUUAAAGUUUAUUGACAACAUGAAGGAAGAAAAGAGUUCUCUUCAGACUCAGGUGGAGCAUCUGCAGACGAGUGUAGCUGAGGAAUAUGCUCGCUACCUCAAUGAGUAUGGUGCCCGCAAACUGCUGCUAGCAAAACUGAAUGAUAUGCAUAACGAGCAGCUGAACAUGAAACAGCACCAAGUCCAAGAUGUCAAGGGUGAAGAUGUGGUAAAGUUACCUUUGGCAUUAAAGAUAGCUCAGCAGGACCUCACAAACGCCCAGGUGAAGCUGAAUGCAAUGAUAGCAGACUGUGGAGAUGUUGUCCCCCGGAGAGAGUUUGAAUCACUGGAGAAAAAAUACUCUGAUUUACAACAGGAGAUGGAGACUCUAAAGAAGGAUUUUGCUCAGCUCCGUAAGGAAUAUCAAACACUGCUGGAAAUUCAGAGAGAGACUGCAGAAGAGCGAGACAACUUCUUCACUGAACUCCAGCAAGCUCAGCGCAGUUGCACACCCCGGCCAAACUGGGCAAAGUGUUCAGAAGUGAUUCCUGGUGGAGCUGACCGGUGGGGCUGCCUGGCUGAGGGGAAGGCCAGCGAUCAGCUAGUGGAUGUGCUUCUGGAAGAAAUAGGAACAAGACUGCUAAAAGAGAUGGAUGUCUUCCCUGGAUGGGGCAAAGGGGACAAGGUUCCUGUAUACCUCAGACAUGAAGGUGAAAUGAAGAACAAAAAGCUGACUAAGAAGGAUGUGGUGAACAUCCUGAAAGACAUCUGGAAAGAGAAAAUUGCACUAGAACAGCAGACAGGGAAGCGACCUGUUCUUCCCGAGUUCUUUCUCAGCUACCUCCAGAAGAAGUACGGAGACACCUCUGCCAUGGAAUGGUCUUACACCCUCUAUGAGAACAUGCGACUCUGUCCAUCAAACCACGUCAUGAGCUCAUUCUAUGACAUACUCACAGGGAAGGUAGGUGAAGAACAAUACCAUAUCCAGAAUCAGCUGAUUUCAAACCUGCAAAAGGAGCUGGCUGCCUGCGACCCCUCAAACAGUGGAUCCCUGACCAGGGAGCAGUUCAGGAUGGCUAUGAGGGAAGCUUUUCCCCUGAAAAGACAAGAUUCAAUCCAAGAACUCAUUGAUGCAAGCAGGUACAAGCUAGACUGCACUGAAGAACUCAUUGACUACAAAUCCUUAUUCAAAGAAGAUGAAGAGGGGAACCCUGAACCUUUUGUUGCAAAGAUCAGGAGUCAAUACAUCCGUGAGAAGCAGGAGUAUCUGAGAGAGCUGAGGAACAACCUAGGAGAUUUAAUAGAGGUGAAUGCAGAAGAUCUGAAGGCAGCCUUCUGCACGACUGAUCCCGAUAUUGACGAUCAGACACUAGAUACCUACGUUGGCCUGGCUUAUCAAGUUGGAAGAGAACAGACAGACCAAGAAGUUGUGCCUGUGGACACUGCACUGGAGAGACUACUCGCUGGAGAUGUGAGACGAGUAGGGCCCGCAGCCAGGGAAGAAAGCAAGACAGACUGUGUAGAAGAGUAAGGAGACUUCCAGUAUUAAGAAUAAAUAGCCUGUUUGAUCUUCAGUUUUUGAUACAAAGCUGAACGUCAAAGUUACUGCAUUAAAUACCUCUUCCCAUGUAUGUAGAGAGACACCUAAUAACUAACAGCUAAGAUAAGCUACUUUGAACUAUCAGAUGCACUUUCAGCUUAAGCAGCAAAGCCCUCCAGUACAGUUUUUCAGCCUAUGCAGUCAUUUCAGCUCAGCAAGACUCGUGGGUAGAGGCAGCCUGAUCCCCACACAGGACUGACAUCCUCAGGGCGCUGGGGCAUCACUGGGUGUUGGGCUCUUUUGUUGAUGAUGCAGUGACUGUGCUCCAGUCAUUACUUGAACCUGUGAGCUUCCAUCAAACUCAAGGCUACAAUGUGGCUGCUUUAGUGUUUUUGCAAGAUAGGCCUUAUGGUUGGUUCUUAGGCUCAGAGAAGGGUUUCAAAGAUACAUUUGCAGAGUAAGGUGCCAUCAACACAAUCCCCGUGCAAGUGAAAGGGGAGUUCAACCCAACCAGGUUUGCUGUCACGUCCUUCCCCAAGCAGAUUUUUAUCCUGAUGUAGCUGCUGUUGCCCUGUAUGAAGUCACUUUGAAAGAAAUUCAAGUGAUGCCUCAAGAGUAGGUUUAACCAACUCUGAGCUGAAAAAAUAAUCCUAGUACAGAAACAUUGAAAUCUGCUUCUUGCUUCAAGGAAGAUACCACAUGAAUUUGGGUAACUGUCUUUCCAGCCACUGACAUCAAUUAAUCUUUCCUGUUCGUUAGUGCCCUCCCUCUCCAGCGAGGGGAAUAAUACAGGUUCUUGAAACUAAAACCCCGUUGGAAAGAGUUCUGCUACCUAAAUUGCUGAAUAAGUGGAGCAAACUCAAGCCCAUUAUUCUCAUAAUUUGAAAAGCAAGAAAGGGUAAAGCUGAAUUCAGAAGAUGCCUUCCUAACAAAGCGCUAGUUUCAUGAGCAUUUGCAAAGGGAUUCCUGCAAAUACUGAUGGCAUUUGUAAACUGGAAAGGUAUCAUAGCCUGCAUGACAAAGUAAGUACCACUGGGUCUAUGAAGUCCCUGGGAUUUCUGCCUUGAAUAAUGAAUUUGGUGCUACAUACUUCCAACUCAAACUGCAAAAUACCCAAAAUGGAACUAUAAAAGCACUGAAAAGGGAAAUGUAUUAUCUAGCUAGAAAUCAAAUGCCCUACCUGCACAUAUCUCUAGGAGUAUUCUGAAAAGAGUAGCUGUAACACGAAAAAAUUCAGUGCAUCUCUAAAGAGCAGGGAAUUUAAACACAGAGGAUAAGUUUGGAAGAUGAACAUCAAAUUUGCAAAGUUCCUCGAGAAAGCAGCUAAUAGGGAGGCAGAGAAAGCACAGGGCUACAGAGAGCAAGAAUCACUUGUUUUGCUUUACCCAAGGACUUUAGAUUCCAAAAAGUUAAAUACAUGGUCCUGUAACCAGCAGUUCUUUCUUUUGUCCUUCCAGUUACAUUGUUAGCACAUUAAAGAUGGCAACCUGUCCCUAAAAGUCUUAAGUUUAGUUAGCUAGAGCAACAGAACACUUCUCAACAGAAGAGAGAGAACAGAUAGGGAAUCUUACCUCUUCGUUUUACAACAGGAACCAGCAGCUUCCUGGGAGGUUCUCUCUAUUCUCUCCUUAAAUGCUCUUAGGAAAACAGGGUUCUUGCAUGUUUCAGCAACAGAGAAAAAAGAAGCUGGAAACUUCAUUAAUAUUUCAGAUCAAAAUUUUCAAACUCUGGCAUGCAAAGCCCCAAGCACACACUAAAAAAGUCACAUAAUGGCAGAAAAUUAAUUUUAAAAGUAACUAAUUUUGUAAUAUGUCAGUUAAGACAAAGCUGUUUCCUUGUGACUAUUGAAAAAAAAAUCCCCAUCUUUGCUAUAUUAGUAGAAUUACUUUAAAAAAACAAAACUUGAAAAUGACUGACCUUUGUGUCAGUACUGCCUGCCAAAAAAAGACUUGAACUAUAAUUGGCCUUCAUUUCCUUUAGCGUUGUGCAAAGCUUGUCAAACUUGCAAACGUUGCUGCCAAGAGCUGGGUUGGAUUUCCAGGAGUCCUAUUAACUGUACCAUUUGGAUCUCCAAUUUCAGACACCUGGGAAGCUACACUGCAUUUUUCAGGAAGCACGUCUUCCUCAUGGGUCUAAAAAGAGGGAAAACAGUUCCCAGUAGUUCUAGAACAUUUCUACAAUGCAAGGGAAGCGGGGGAAAAAAAGACGCAAAGGCUGUUACUCCACUUCUUCAGUCUAGACAUAUUCAGUGUAUUGGAAAGAGCCACUGGCACGAUGUUUGACUGACCCCAGCUGGCAGUGCUGACUGUGCUCAGCCCCACUCCAUCUGACUUAAGGAUACUGCAAAGCAGCAGCCUUGAGCCAUCCCUUCCUCACAACUAAAAAUUAAUCAAUUUAAAGACUCAAGUUUUUAAGUCAAAUUAAACUAUUUACAAGCUCGAGUUUCCAAGUCCAAGACAGAGCAGCUAAUAAUUAAGGGGAAAAACUAUUAUUUUUUUUCUCUGAAAAUAAAUAAACACUUUAAGUGUCUUACCUUGGGAAUUGCAGACUAGCUAAAUAAACGUAAGGCAUAUUAGCAUGUAAAACAGGAAAAAUGAUGUUCAUUCUUCUGAAAAUUGUAUGCACAACACGGGUCAUUCUUUCCCAGCUUGUGAAUUGUUUUUAGAAAGCCAUCACUCUUUGCACCUUAAAAAUCCUCUGAUGUGGCUGACCUCAUUCCUGCUGUGGUUUAGGUUCACUAUAAGCAGUAAAAUCAUAC